AUGAAAAAGGAGGAGCACCACCAGGAAUCGCCGCCGGACCACCAUCUUAAACUCCAACCCACGGCGGAAGAAGCAGCAGCAAUCAUCGUCCAAGAAGAAGAAGAAGAAGAGCGCGCCAGAUGCGAGUGGGACUUUAACCUCCGCGCCACCGUCUCCUCCUCCUCCACCGUCUCCGACGCCCUCGGCGUCAUCGAAUGCGACCCCUCCGACCGCCUCCUCGCCACCGGCGGCAUCGCCCGCAAGAUCCGCCUCUACCCCCUCCACCCACUGCUGCCGCCGAUUGACCACUCGGCGCCGCCGCAGCAGCUGGACCACGCGGCGGCGUGCUCCCGCUGCAUCUGCACGCCGGCCAAGCUCAGCAGCCUCCGGUGGCGGCCCCACGCCGGCGGCGCGGUGAUCGGCUGCGGCGACUACGACGGCGUCGUGACGGAGUACGACCUCGAGCGCGGGAUCCCGACCUUCGAGCGCGACGAGCACGGCGGGCGGCGCGUGUGGAGCGUGGACUACUCCACUUCCCAUCCAGCCAUCGGCGCGUCGGGAUCCGACGACGGGACCGCCCAGCUGUGGGACCCGCGGUGCGAGGGCGGGGAGUGUGUGGCUGCGGUGCGGCCCAGCGUUACCGGCUGCGCGGUGUGCUGCGUGGAGUUCGGGAGUGGGGCCGGGUCAGUUCUGGCCGUUGGAUGCGCGGACCGGAGGGUGUACGUGUACGACGCACGGAUGAUGGUCCACCCGGUGCUUAUCCUGGAAGGGCACGCCAAAACGGUGACGUAUGUGAAAUUCCUCGACGAAGCGACGCUCGUGUCGUCGGCUAUCGACGGCAGCCUGAAGCUGUGGGAUUUGAAGAGAUCCCACACGGCGGUGAGGACGUACCGCGGGCAUUCCAACAGCAGGAAUUUCGUUGGGCUUUCGGUGUGGGCCCGGGGCGGGCUGUUGGGCUGCGGGUCGGAGAACAACCGGGCGUUCGUGUACGACCGGCGGUGGGGCGAACCGAUUUGGGUGCAUGGGUUCGAGCCGGCGGGGUUUGGGUCUGACCAGCAGCAGCAUGGCGGCGGGUUCGUGAGUAGCGUGUGCUGGAAGCGAGGCGUGGAGGAUGACGGCGGGGAAUGUUGCACGUUUGUCGCCGGCGGGUCGGACGGGUCGCUGCGAGUGUUUGAAGGUACGAAGAAGAAGACGGCGGUCCUGCCGUUACGUACCGGCGGUAGGUACGUUUAG